AUAGGGGCGCUAGUUCGUACAUGUGAGCUACGUGGGUGUUGCUAGUCAUAUCAUGGAGUUAGCUGAGACAAAGCCAAAGAAAUCAAACAAACCGAAAGAUACACCUUUUCACCAGCAGCGUCUAAAGUCAUGGAGACCAAUUCUAACUGCUAGGAAUGCGUUUCCAAUAUUUCUCGCUAUUGGGUUAUUAUCCAUACCAGUGGGUAUAGUUUUACUUGCAUCCUCUAAUAGCGUCUUAGAGGUUGUUGUGGAGUAUACUCACUGCGAAGAUACCGUACGCCAUACACGAUGUUCUGAGUUGGUCAGACUUCCUGACUUCUAUAGGACAUAUAAUAUAUGUUCAUGCAAAGUCGAAUUUGAACUCAAGGAAGAGUUCAAGGGUCAAGUGUACUUUUAUUAUGGCCUGUCAAAUUUCUUCCAAAAUCAUCGCCGCUACGUCAUAUCAAAGGAUGAUUACCAGUUACACGGUUCCGUGGAAACUCCAAAACCAAGUUGUGAACCGUAUCGAUUCGAUCCCAAUGGAAAAGUCUAUGCCCCAUGUGGAGCUAUUGCAAUGAGUUUAUUCAAUGGUAAUUUUGAUACCGCUAUCCUUCACACUGAUAAGUUUCCGAAAUCUGAUAUAAUAGUUUUUUUUAUUUAAUUUUACCAUUUCUCCCGAUUUUUAGCGUGUAAUAAGAUUCUUUGGCGUCUAAAACAUCAACCACCGAUGUUUCCAUUUUCUAAUGUUCAAACCCCGAAAAACCUGGUACAUUCUCUCCCUAUCCAUUGGAUGCUUCCUUACGACUUGUAGUUAUAUCUCAUAACUAACCGAUGAUAUUCACACAUCGUUUCGUUUGCAUGUAUACGGCGUGAAGGCUCAAGAGUUAAGGGGUUCGACCUUCGGCUACCAAGUCCUAAGUCCGAACACUUCCAUCUACCUCAGUUUAAGCAAUCGAAUUACAUCAUUUCCCCUAACACUAAGAGUGUGGCUCAUCACCAAGUACCUGAUGAAUAAGUUGAUAACUUGGUAAUAUAAAAUGAAAACGGUGGUGAUAUAGGGUAAUCGACAGUAAUCUCGUGCUGUUUCAAUAAACGGUUCCGUAUAAGUUCGUGCGAACAGUAUAAACUAUGGCUCACAGUAUUUGCAACCUUGAAAAGAGGUUCAUGCUUCGCAUAAUUGCGAGGGCUAAAAGUUGCCAUGAAACGAAAUUAAUAGACAACAAACUAUUUAAAGCUUUGGAGACUUAAAUAUAUCAUAAGUUCGUUCAAAAUCACUAUUUUAAUGGUAUGACCUAAUAUGCUACCAAAAAUCUAUUUUAUAAGACUUAUCAUCAAGAUAUAGUCAAUGAAAAGAAAACAGACCUCAUACGUAUAUUAUGCAGAUAAAUUUAUAUAACCUGAUCAAUAGAGAUACCUGCUGGAGAUGUGAUAUUCGUAAGAAUUAUUAUGCCUGAGAAAAGACCAUCAACGGGUUCCAGGGAAUGAAAAAAGGGUACUUGGAAGUUACAAAAUCUACCUAAAUCAAACAGAUGAUUGCUUUUUUAUUCUCUGUAGACGUCACAGCUUUUGGUUGAAGAAAUGAUAUGCGUUUAUCUGAAGUUACCCACAUGUCGCUUGGUUACUAGGAUGCUGGAAACAUGUCUUGAAGUCAUUGUAAUUGAUCUUCUGAAUAAUCUUCGAAUAGAUAAGUCGCGUUUGUACACGAAGUUGACUUUAUGCACAUUAAUUUUUAUUACGAGUUUUUAAUUGUAUUUCCAGAAAUAGUUACUCCUUUACGGGUGUGUUUGGGCCUACCAAAUGUAGAAUACUAUAAAAACCGUCCUCAUUGACUCUUAGUUUUAGAUAGGUAAAUAAUGUGGUUGGGAGAAUUGGGAAGUUGGAUUUGUAUUGGCGGGAUGACUCAAUGAAACCUCAACAAAAUAGCCGAUUCAGUAUUUUGCUGCCCUGGUACGACCGAGAGUGGGGAGAAUCCGCUCUCCCUCUCGAAAUGCUCUCAUAUGGCCACGCGUAUAUAGCCUCUGCCAGGGAAGUUCUACUCACUACCUUCUCACAGCGGAGGUGUUGCUUACGAAAUUGAGAGGACGAAAAGCAAAUGUCCGGCGCUUUAACCGGGUUGGUGGACAUGGAGAGUCCACCUAGGGGAGUUGGAAAACUCUGAUUCCAAACCAAUAGUGCACAUGGGCUCCAGUAUCCUAAAGGAAAAAAUGGCGUAUGAACCAAUCGUUGGUUACCUACUGGCUACCAUGGGACUGCAUCUCCUUACGUUGCUCCACUGCCUUGUGGAUCAGACCUUCAGGUCGAAGGCUCCGGGUGUGGCCCCUAAGAAAACCACCUGCUUCGGUUUGGGCACCCGGGCAGUAUCACGGCCCUCACACAUAUCAAAUGAGAUUUGUGUGACGCAUUUGUAUUUGGUGCCUCCUUGUACCAAUAUCUAUGUGUUAAAAUAAAUAAAUAAAUAUGCAACUAUAGCAAAAUGUUGGCAAACGAACAAAAGAGCUAGUAUAGUGCUCAACAGUCAAGUUAUUUUUACUUUAUGGUGGUGUUAUCCCCAUUAAAAAUACUAGGAAUGCAUAGUUCAGAAGAAUUUGACCUUAUAUAACGACAUAGGCUUAUUCGUGUGUAGUGGAGCGUCUCGUUAGUCCAUUCUGAAUUCAGAUAAGGUUAAAAUGCUUUGCAGGAUUCGAAGCACCUAAUGAAUGAUGCUGAUAGGCUAUGUGUCAUGCAUAUCGUGUUGCACAGAGUAAAAUUUGGUUAGAAAGUUAAGCGUAAGCAGAUGAAUGAAUGUCAUGGACCAUUGGUUUUUAGCAAUAUAGAGACGUGUAGACUAUCUAGAUAGACCAAUGAAUGUUCUAAAAUUUAGUAUUUAAAAGCUAGAAAACGUGAUUAAUAAAGAUAUAGAUUUACUCAUUGUUGGUUUUUACCUUAAUAUUAAAUGUCUUAUUAAAAAUCACUAGUACUUUUUCCAUUCUGCUGCAAAGGUUACAAACCAAACCAUUAUGAGAAAACAAAGCAACUGGUUAGUAAACAAAGUACCUGUCCAUACACAAUCUAUGUCGGAUUGUUAGUGAAAAUCGACCAUAUGAGGCGACCAGAUAUUCUUCUGACCGGUCCACAGAAUAGUUAAUGUAUUUCAGUAGAAUCAUUUAUGGAAUCGUUUUUCAUUUCAGACUCAUUUACUCUAAAAUAUCUUGGUAAAAGCUCGGAACCUCUUGCUAAACCAUUACAAGUUCCAAUGACAAAUAAGGGGAUCGCUUGGCGUACUGAUGUUGAAGAAAAAUUUGGAAAACCACCAGCUGAUUCAUGGGCAAACACAGUAAAGCCAGUCAGUUGGAAAAAGUCAGCUCUUGAACGCUCAUCUGGUGCAUAUAGCGAAGACGAAGAGUUAUUAGUAUGGAUGCGUGUUUCAGCACUACCAACAUUUCGUAAAUUACAUCGUCUAGUCACUCAUGUCGGCGCUUUUUCAAAUGGUCUACCAGCUGGAAUUUAUAGCGUUGAUAUUGAGUACUCUUAUCCUGUCACUCAAUUUGGUGGCACUAAACGAAUUAUACUGUCUACGAUGAGUUGGUUAGGUGGCCGAAAUCCAACAUUAGGAAUAUCCUAUAUUGUUGUGGGCAGUGUGGGCCUUAUUUUAGGUCUUAUAUUUUUCAUUCUUCACUUUCAUACAAUGAAGCAUCGAUAACCUAGCGUUCGUAAACAUCAAAUGACUUUUCGUCCAGAUCAUGAUUAGUCAUAUAAAAACUUGUUAGUCGUUCCAUAAGAUAUGAAGUGGCUUCUAGUGAUAUAUUUUGAAGGGUCCUUUAUAAAGUAUUUUUUAUUUAUAACUUUUAUUUUUUUGUGAAUUUGUAAUGCUCACGCUCUUAAAAACAAACUUUUGAAUGUGAUAUUUUCAAGAUUUCUGGUAUAAUAUACUGUUCUUGUCUAUG